UAGACCUCUGGAUUUUGAAGCUAAAUCGAAGGAUCAUGGUCAACCAGGAAUAUAUAGUGCAUCGGGGUCGGACUCAACUCCAGCCGGGUAUUAGUCGAGUUAGAACUCCAGUGGCUGCAACCGUUUUAUAUGAUACCCUAUACAGAGAGUAUGGUAUGCUGCAUCCAGAGGAUCCCCACGGGAAUAAUCCACCAGAGCGAAAUGCAUACACACAUUGGAAUGUGCCCUACAAUCUCAUCACAAUGUUCCAGGGCACUGAUGCAGAUCAUACGUGGCAUUGGUUGGAGGCUAAUGAGAUUCUUACUAUUUGCAAUGUCAACGCGAGUCAUUGGUGCACUGUGGUCAUUUCUAUCGAACGAUGGGAGGUUCGAGUGUAUGAUUCUCUGUCACAUGUUGAAGGGGCCACACAACGUCGAUGAGCUUCAAUGAGGUGCAUAACUCGUUUGAUGCUUAGAUUGUUGCAUACUGUGGGGCAUUGGGAUAACAAUCCCAACAGGUUUGUGCAUGCUGCUGAUGCAGAGAUGGCGUAUGUGAUGAUGCCCCACAACCAGCAAUUUUUGCAACAGGACAGCAUUAGUUGUGGUAUGUAUGCAUGUGCUUACUUAGAUCGUCUGGUAUGUGGAAAACCGAAACGGGAACGGAUGAGAA